AUGGAACCAGCCAAAGAUGGCCUGGUCGAGCGGCAGCAUAAAGGCCAAGACGAAGCCGCGUCGAAACAGUCACCGCCAGAAGACGAACGCCAGCUGAUCUCUCAUCCUCUCCCCCCUGCUGCUGCUGCUACCACUACUUCUCCUCCUCCUCCUCCUCCGCCUCCCAUCGAGCGAGCCGCCAGCCCGUCGUCGACGAUCAGUUCGGGCUACGGGCCUACCAUGGGCAUGUAUCCGGCCCACGACGAGGGCCUCCCCGAAGUGGUGAUGCCGGACGAGACGCCCCAAGCGCUGUCCCGCCUCGAGGCCGAGUACAAGCGCAAGUAUCUCGAGGGCGACGCCGCGCCGCAGACGGUGAUUCCAAAGGACGUGGACACGACCAAGAUUGCCGUGGCGGGGGGCAGUCCGAUGUACGAGGUGGCGCCGUCUGACGGGACGAGAGAGGACGUUGAAGGGGCGGGGACGACGACGGGGAUGGGUGCCGAGAAGAGAAUCUUUGGGUUGAGGAAGAGGACGUUUUGGAUUCUGGGUGGGAUUUUGCUUGCGUUGGUGGUGGCUGCGGCGGUGGGGGGUGGCGUAGGGGGAGGGCUGGCCUCGAGGAAGGAUAAAGGGGGGGCGUCGCCUGUAGACGAAGCUUCGACGACGAGCAGCGCACCAACAUCAACCUCUCCAUCACCAAGCUCGACGACCAGCAGCACCUCAACAUCAUCAACAUCAUCAUCAACGACCACCUCGUCUUCUUCCCCCACGCCAACGUUCCUCAACAACCAGACCACCUCGGGCAACACCUUCGCCUUCCAGGCCUUCGCCUCCGACAAGUUCCUCGGCAACGCCACGGCCGUCAUCGACGACGAGGGCGCCACCGACCUCGGCUUCGAGGCGCACAGCUACGUGUGGCUGCCGGCGCUGACGGACUGCUGCAUCACCUUUUGCACAAACGCCACCAGCAGGGGCAUGGUCGGGUGGUUGUGCAGCCAGCGGAAGCAGCCCGAGUCGUCGGAUCCGUUCAAGCGGGUGUAUGUGUGGUGUCAUCAGAAGCAUGAGAAGCCGAAUGCCAUUUGCAUAGAUCCAAAGACUUGAGGGAGUUG